AUGAAAUACUCAACUCCCGCCGCAAUCUCUCAAGCCAUGUGCGCACUGCUCUUUGGCUCAUCGGUGAUGGGCAAAACCCUCUACGUCGGUACCGGUGUAGCUCAGAUCCUCUCAUACGCCUUCGAUGGCACCUCGUUCCAGCCCAUCUCUGCCACAAACGAUUCCUUCCCUUCGCCCACAUGGCAGACAUUUGACGGUGAUAUCAUGUACUCCGUUUCUGAGUCCGGCGGAACCACGCCAGGAGCCAUCACCUCAUACACCGUUGAGAAUGGGACAUUUACAAAGAUCAGUCAAUCGGCUGGACUCCCAGGCCCAGUUCACAUUGCAGUGACAAAGAACAAGAAGGGAAUCAACUCCUUCGUGACCAACGACGGGGUACUCCAGAAGAACCAGCAGUUCACCUACGACGUGAGCUCCAUCGUCGCUGACCGUCAGGGCGAGUCCCACCCCCACGGAGUAUUCAUCGACCCCACCGGCGCCUUUGCCGUGAUCCCCGAUCUCGGCGGCGAUGUCCUUCAUGUCUACUUCAUCGCCGGCUCUAGCUACACCAACAAUAUGACGCCCCUCCCCGACGUUGCAGCCACCGUGGGAAGUGGUCCCCGCCACGGCGCCUUCUGGCCCAACAAGGACGGCCAGAAGGCUACCCACUUCUUUGUGGUUGCGGAGCUCAACAACGAGAUCACGGCGUACUCGCUCACCUAUGGAACCGGUACAUUGACCAUGACACCGAUCACCACCUACAGCACCUUUGGCUCUAAGGACAAGGUCCCCGUCGUCACUGGCGGACCUGCCGCUGGCGAAAUCGCAAUCUCUUCCGACAACAAAUUCCUCUACGUCUCCAACCGCAUCGACCGCUCCUUUCCCAACGUCGGCUCCUCCGGCAAUGGCAGCGACUCGCUCGCGCAAUGGAACAUUAAAACCGAUGGCACCCUCGAAUUCGUCGGCCUUACUCCCGCGGGUGGGCUUAACCCGAGACAUUUCUCGUUUGUGACGCUGGGCGGAAAGGACUAUGUUACGGUCGCGAACCCCGCGAGCGGCGAUGUUCAGUUGAUUGAGAGGGAUCCGGUGACCGGGAAGCUGGCGGAGGAGUCCACGGCGUUCAUUGCGAUACCUGGCGCGAGUGCUGCUACGUGGAAUUAG